CACCCCCGCCCCCGGGCUGCCAGCCGCUCCACUUUGGAGAGAAGGCGGUGUGAGGGCGCCGCCAGCACCUCGUAGAGCCCCGAGCCCGGAGUCCUCGCGCCCUCGGCUGAUCCCCUCGCCCACUCCGUCCCUCUCACCGCUUUUCUCGUUCUCCCUGCUCUCCUGCCCACCACGCCCCUCCUCAGCCCCAUCGCCCCUCGCGCCCCUGCCCCCCCUCGCCCCACCCCCAUGGCGCCCCUGCUCGGCUGCCUGCUGGCGCUGCUGGCACUGUGCCCUGCCGGACGCGCACAGACGGUGCUGACCGACGACGAGAUCGAGGAGUUCCUCGAGGGCUUCCUGUCCGAGCUGGACCCUCGGGAGGACGACGUGGAAGCCCCGCCGCCUCCUGAGCCCACCCCACGCGGCCGCAAAGCCCAGUCUGGGGGCAAGCAGGGGGCGCGGCCCGGGCCAGUGGUAGAAGCACCCCCAGAAAAGGCCAAAGACAAAGGGAAGAAAGGGAAGAAAGACAAAGUCCCCAAGGCCACAAAGCAGCCCCAGGAGGGAUCCCCCAGGCCAUCCAAGAAGCCCAAGGAGAAGCCACCCAAGGCUACCAAGAAGCCCAAAGAGAAGCCACCCAAGGCCACCAAGAAGCCCAAGGAAAGGCCUCCCAAGGCUACCAAGAAGCCCAAGGAGAAGCCACCGAAGGCCACCAAGAAGCCCCUGGCAGGGAAGAAACCCUCCACUUCAGCUCCUUCAGAAACCCUGGAAAGGCCACUGUCCCCACCCCACAGCUUUGUCCCUGAGGAGCCACCCCAGGAGGGAGUGGAAGCCCUCCCUAAUAACCAGGGGGGCCCAGGAGAGGAAACCCAUGUGGAGCCACAGGAGCCCCAGCCAGGGCUGGAAGAGGAGACUGAGGUACCCACACUGGACUACAAUGACCAGAUUGAGCGGGAGGACUACGAGGACUUUGAGUACAUCCGGCGCCAGAGGCAGCCUAGGCCCCCAUCCAGCAGAAGGAAGCCCGAGAGAGUCUGGCCAGAAGUCCCAAAGAAGAAGGCCGAGGUCCCUGAGGAGAAGAUCGAACCACCUCCGAAGUCCCUACUGCCUCCACCGCCCCCUGACUAUGGGGAUGGCUAUGUGAUCCCCAACUAUGAUGACAUGGACUAUUACUUCCGGCCACCCCCACCCCCGAAGCCUGAUGCAGAGUGGGAGACGGAUGAGGAGAAGGAGGAGCUGAAGAAACCCAAAAAGGAGAGCAGCAGCCCCAAGGGGGAGACGGAAGACAAGUGGGCCGGGGAGAAGGGCAAGGACCACAAAGGACCCCAGAAGGGCAAGGAGCCAGAGGAGGAAUGGCCUCCAACAGAGAGAGUCAAGUGCCCCCCCAUCGGGAUGGAGUCACACCGCAUUGAGGACAACCAGAUCCGCGCCUCUUCCAUGUUGCGCCAUGGCUUGGGGGCACAGCGUGGCCGGCUCAACAUGCAGGCGGGUGCCAAUGAGGACGACUACUAUGAUGGGGCGUGGUGUGCUGAGGAUGACUCAAGGACCCAGUGGAUUGAGGUGGACACUAGAAGGACCACCCGGUUCACAGGCGUCAUCACUCAGGGCCGGGAUUCCAACAUACAUGAUGACUUCGUGACCACCUUCUUUGUGGGCUUCAGCAAUGACAGCCAGACAUGGAUGAUGUACACCAAUGGCUAUGAGGAAAUGACCUUCCAUGGGAAUGUGGACAAAGACACACCCGUUCUGAGUGAACUUCCAGAGCCUGUGGUGGCUCGCUUCAUCCGUGUCUACCCACUCACCUGGAAUGGCAGCCUGUGCAUGCGCCUGGAAGUGCUAGGCUGCCCCGUGUCAUCUGUCUACAGCUACUACACCCAGAAUGAGGUGGUAGCCACUGAUGACCUGGACUUCCGGCACCACAGUUACAAGGAUAUGCGCCAGCUGAUGAAGGUGGUGAAUGAGGAGUGCCCCACCAUCACACGCACGUACAGCCUGGGCAAGAGCUCCCGGGGGCUCAAGAUAUACGCCAUGGAGAUCUCUGACAACCCUGGGGAGCACGAGCUGGGGGAACCUGAGUUCAGAUACACUGCGGGAAUCCAUGGCAAUGAGGUGCUGGGCCGAGAGCUGCUGCUCCUGCUAAUGCAGUACCUGUGUCGCGAGUACCGAGAUGGCAACCCCCGAGUGCGCAGUCUAGUACAGGACACGCGCAUCCACCUGGUGCCCUCGCUCAACCCCGACGGCUAUGAGGUGGCAGCACAAAUGGGCUCUGAGUUCGGGAACUGGGCCCUGGGUCUGUGGACUGAAGAGGGGUUUGAUAUCUUCGAGGACUUCCCAGAUCUCAACUCUGUGCUCUGGGGAGCCGAGGAGAGGAAGUGGGUCCCCCACCAGGUGCCCAACAACAAUCUGCCUAUCCCUGAACGCUACCUCUCCCCGGAAGCCACGGUAUCUACUGAGGUUCGGGCCAUCAUUGCCUGGAUGGAGAAGAACCCUUUUGUACUGGGGGCGAAUCUGAACGGUGGGGAGCGACUGGUGUCCUACCCCUAUGACAUGGCACGCACGCCAAGCCAGGAGCAGCUUCUGGCUGCGGCCAUGGCAGCUGCCCGGGGAGAGGACGAGGACGAGGCAUCUGAGGCCCAGGAGACCCCAGACCAUGCCAUCUUCCGCUGGCUGGCCAUCUCCUUUGCCUCGGCCCACCUCACCAUGACAGAACCCUACCGGGGAGGCUGCCAGGCUCAGGACUACACCAGCGGCAUGGGCAUCGUCAAUGGUGCCAAAUGGAACCCACGAUCCGGCACCAUCAAUGACUUCAGCUACUUGCACACCAACUGUCUGGAGCUGUCUAUCUACCUGGGCUGCGACAAGUUCCCACAUGAAAGCGAGCUGCCUGGCGAGUGGGAGAACAACAAAGAGGCACUGCUCACCUUCAUGGAGCAGGUACAUCGAGGCAUCAAGGGGGUGGUGACGGAUGAGCAGGGCAUUCCCAUCGCCAACGCCACCAUUUCUGUGAGUGGCAUCAACCACGGUGUGAAGACAGCGAGUGGUGGUGACUACUGGCGUAUCCUGAACCCGGGCGAGUACCGUGUGACAGCCCACGCAGAGGGCUACACGCCAAGUGCAAAGACCUGCAACGUGGACUAUGACAUUGGGGCCACCCAGUGCAACUUCAUCCUAGCACGGUCCAACUGGAAGCGCAUCCGGGAGAUCCUGGCCAUGAACGGGAAUAGGCCCAUCCUUCGCAUCGACCCAUCACGCCCUAUGAGCCCCCAGCAGCGGCGUCUGCAGCAACGGCGCCUGCAGCACCGGCUGCGGCUGCGGGAGCAAAUGAGGCUGCGGCGUCUCAACACCACUGCAAGCCCGGCUCCUGUCCCCACCCUACCCCCCAGCCCCUCCCCUACCCUGGGUACUACCCUGGACCCCUGGGGCCUUCUACCCGUCAGCACAGCCAGUUGGGAGGAGUCAGAGACAGAGACCUACACAGAGGUGGUGACCGAGUUUGGGACAGAGCUGGAGCCUGAGUUUACCUACACAGAGGUGGUGACCGAGUUUGGGACAGAGCUGGAGCCUGAGUUUGUGAUGGAGCUAGAGCCGGAGGAGGAGGAGGAGGAGGAGGAGGAGGAAGAGCAGCCAGUCAUGGGUCCCACGUUCCCCUUCAGCACGGUUGAGACCUACACAGUGAACUUCGGGGACUUCUGAGCUCAGGGCCCUGCCAGCCCUAGCCCCAGCAGCCUCCCAAGCCCACUGCCCAGUCACCUUACCCAGCAGCACCUGAGGCCCAAGAGGCACAACAGGACUCAGAGGCAGAGUGUGUGAAGCUUCUGCUCUACCUGCUGCCUCCAAGAGGGUGGCCCUACAGCAGACUGGAGCGGAUCGAGGGAGCCAAGGUCACCAAUAAAACAGCUCCUGCCACUGUC